AUGAACACUGUUGAGGCUUGGGAUACAAGGAAUUGUGACCAUAACGAGAAGGAAGGUAGUAAAGGUAUGGCGCCAUGUGCCUCAAAAACGAAGAAGUUAAACGGUCACGGAUACAAACAGUGGCUGAAAUCCCAGGGGAUGAAAGCUAAGGGAUCAGAUUUUUCUAUUGAGAAAAGGAGUGAGCCGUCACAAAGUGAAGUAAAGGGUACAGAGCCAAAUGUUCUCCACAAAGGUGAAAAUGCCACCACAGCUAACUCUGUUUCACACCCACAAGAAGAAAGGUUGGAUUUUCUUCUGAGACGGGUUAAGGAUGCUGAUUGUGCAAAAGAAAGUAAUAUCACGAACGAUUUCACUCAAGUUAAGAACAAUUUGGAGGAGAACAGUGAGAAACAGGGAAGACCAUGUAACAUGGAUAAAUCAGAGGUGAAAAAAGAACCUGAAAAUUGCAAUGCACAUAUGUCCAAGUCUACCGAACCUAAUUUUGUGGAGUACUGGGUUCCUGUCAGCCUCUCGGAGAUGCUAGAAACAGCUCCCAGAAAACGAAGGAAAGAGGAAGCAUCUGCUCAGACAAAACCAGCUCCCGAGAAACCCAGGAGAAAGGCUAGAAACACUUUGUACGAAUUCCCAACAAUAAUCAAGAGAAAGGUUAGGACUAAGCUUCGAAAUCAAGCAGAAACUAACAAAAGGAGAAAAGCAAGCUCAUGGGUCAACCUCCAAAUUCCAGUGUUGGGCAGAGCACCACCAAGUGAACACCAUUCUCUGCCACCUACUGAUGAACGAAGAACAAUCGGUUUGAGUGCUAUUCAUGAUGCUUGUGUUUCUCGUUCUUCCCUGAAUUCUGAACCUCCUCCUGCGGCUUCUCCUAUGGCACCACAAUCGGUUUGUGAAGCACUCGAGAUGGAGCUUGAAGUACUGCAAAAGGAGAAAAAUGAUCUUUUGAAGCUACACGAAGAGAAAAAACUGCAAUCGAAGAUGGCAUGCGAGAAGGAGAUUGAAGAUAUACGUAAAAAAUAUGACGUGCUGCUUCAGAAUGCCGAGGCAGCUUUACUGGAAGAGAAAGGAGUUCUUGAAGCCAAAUGCAAAAAAAUAGAAGCCCAUAAAUCUUUAGCUGAGGCAGUCAUGCAGACUGAUACUUUUGUUGGUCGAUCUGUUGCUGAAGUUACUUCAAACUGUUCGAUCGACGAGAUGUAUAAGCUAUUCGAUCAAUGGAGCAGAUCAAAGCCAGUGAGAGGACCGAGCAAAGUUGUUAAACCCUCUGAAGCUGAAGGCCCGAUUCAAGAAUCACUUCCUUCAAAACCAGAAGUUUUUCAUUCUCCUCCAAACCCAAUGACCUCGUUAGCUAGCAGCCUGCCGAUUGAACAAUCCCUCGAUACAACUAAUUUCCAGGCAUCAUUAGUUGCUGCUCGGCUUGGACCCAAUCAGCCUUUACAAGGCCCGGGUUUGAUGAGUCAGCGCUCGAGUUUAACCCCAAUGGUGCAUAUUCCUCGAACUUUGGUGGGUGGUCAGGUUAGUUCAGCGAGUUCAAUGGCUAUCAUACCCUACAAUUUCUCGGGAAACUUCCAACCAGGCUAUCGAGCACGAUCCCCGGCUCCACAUUUCAGGCACAUGUGGCGUCCUCAGCCUAUUGUGCCACCUGGACUGCCGCCUUUUCCUUGUCCCGAAAUUUUUUCGCCCGUGAGCUUACCGCCAUUAACGUCACAUGUCCCGGGUUUGCAGUCGACAUUUUCGAGCUUUUGGGCAUCUUCGCCUUUUGCCAGGUUGCCAUUCUGA